CGCUUCAAAAUUUGCUUGUUCAGAGUGCAAACAGCAAAGCCAUCUAAGAGAUAGAUAUAGAGUCCAAUUCGACACAAGAUAGACGAGAUGGCGAGAACAUACAGAGAUGUUGUAUUGUGUAUCACUUUUCUCUCACUGAACAUCGCAACAAGCAGCAGGGCAGAAAGCGGCGGAGAAUUCACAAAUUCGGAAUUUACGACGUGGCAGGAGUCUGAUGAAGAAGCAACGUUUACUGCAAUUUUCAAUGUGCUUAACUCUUCCAAUUACAGUAACCACGUGUUGCCUCACAGAGCAUCUCGUACAGGAUCACUAACAAGCUUUGACAUUACAACAAUAACACCAAAGGUGUACAUACUACGAGUUGGUGAUAUUACAAUGCAAAACGAUUUUAAUGUGGAUUUCUACUUUACUCAACGUUGGGUGGAUCCACGAUUAGAUGGGGUUUUGCAUAAUGUGCCCAAGUUUCGACUAAGACAAAAGAUGAUAGCAGAAGUGUGGCUACCGGACACCAUCAUUCGAAACAGCCAGGAAUCCAGAUACCCAGAUUACAGCAAACAAGACAUCGAUCAAGUUGUUAUACUCCGUCCAAGUGGUGAAGUCGAGUAUACAAGCAGGGUAAGUUCUGUAUGUUUUUGUUCUCUUGAUCUUCAUUGGUAUCCAUUUGAUGAGCAACAUUGUAAAGUGGAAUUUGAGUUCAUGAGCUAUGAUGUAAACGAGAUGGUAUAUAGUGAACCAAAAUAUUUUCAUUGUGUGAGUCUGGCUCCAGGUGCUACUCUUCCUAUCCAAUAUAUUUUACUGAAUGACACAAUCAAGACCUGUACUGUGCACAACUUGACGUAUGAAAGAGGAGAAAUAGGAGGUCAUGGCGUUGCAAAGGAAAUAUAUUCGUCGUUCUACAUUGAUCUACACUACAAGCGAAAUUCUGCACCAAUUAUCAUCCGAUCCUUCGUUCCCGCAAGUCUCAUAGCGUUUAGUGCAUACGUCAGCCUGUACUUUAACAUCAAGAAACCACAAGCGAGAGCUGCUCUCACAAUCACCUGCUUCCUUCUCUUAGUAACUCUAACCGUAACAAACCGCCGAACGAAUUACAUCGACUACCUAACAGCCGCAGAUUACUACGUUUUUUUGUGCAUCAUUUUCGUCUUUAGUUGUCUCUUGGAGUUAGCAAUUGUGCAUCGAAUUUAUCAUUGGAAGGACGGGGAGAACGUUGUGUGGACACGGUCCAAAAAUUUAUACAAAAAGAUACGAAAAAAUUCAACAUACUCUACCAGAAAAGGUUUAAAUUGUUUUGAAAUGAAGACAGUAUCUGCAACUCAUUCUGAAGACGAAAAAGUGAAAUCCCCUGAGACUCAGAGUAGAAGCAAUGUUAGUAACGAAGAGACAACAUCAUCUGGACAAGAAGACACGGUCAGUUCAGAAUGGCAAGCUAGAGCUCGACAUGUAGACGAGUUCAUGCGUGUUGCAUUUCUUGUUGCCUAUGUGUUGUCCAACAUCAUCUACGCCGCUGUUGUUGCUGACAAGUAAGAUUCUUUCACUUCAGUCCUGAGUGUUUUCUGAUUGAUCACGAACUCAAAUUAAUUCAUCGUAUGCAGGGCAAAGUAAACGCGUUUUGUAUUUCAAUCGGUAUGCUCGUUGUUUGUUUGUUUGUUGUCAAUGUCAAGGUUUGUCAACACUAUCAGUGACUUUGAUAUUUCGGAUAUUUUUAGAUUGAUGUUGUAGUUUUGUAGCAAAAGUAACUUGUUUACACAAUA